AUGGCGCAAGCCCCAGCCCAAGGGGGGAUCUCAGACCCCGGCCUCAUAACACUGGUUAACAAGCUUCAAGAUGUGUUUACGACUGUGGGUGUACAGAACCCUAUUGAUCUGCCUCAGAUAGUCGUGGUGGGAAGCCAGUCGAGUGGAAAGAGUUCGGUGCUGGAAAACAUAGUGGGCAGGGACUUCCUGCCCCGAGGAACCGGUAUUGUGACUAGACGGCCCCUCGUCCUCCAGCUCAUCAACCGCCCAGCUGCAGCACCAAAGGCAAAUGGAGUGAAGGAGGAGAUAGCUGCUGGAGCUGAUAAGGAGGCAAACGUUGACGAGUGGGGCGAGUUUCUACACAUCCCCGGCCAGAAGUUCCAUGAUUUCAACAAGAUCCGAGAUGAAAUUGUCAAGGAGACAGAAGCGAAGACUGGCCGCAAUGCGGGCAUUUCUCCUGCCCCGAUCAACUUACGAAUAUACUCUCCGCAUGUCUUGACGCUUACCCUCGUCGAUUUACCUGGCCUGACCAAGGUCCCCGUGGGCGAUCAGCCAAGAGAUAUCGAGAGGCAGAUUAAGGAAAUGGUACUGAAGCAAAUCAGUAAACCAAAUGCCAUCAUCCUUGCUGUUACAGGAGCGAAUACCGAUUUGGCAAAUUCCGAUGGGCUGAAGCUCGCACGCGAAGUCGACCCAGAGGGCCAAAGAACCAUCGGUGUGCUGACCAAGGUUGAUUUGAUGGAUGACGGUACCGAUGUCGUGGAUAUUUUGGCAGGCCGGAUUAUCCCCCUCAGACUAGGAUAUGUGCCGGUUGUCAACAGAGGGCAGAGGGAUAUCGACAACAAAAAGGCCAUCGCAUCUGCUUUGGAGAAUGAAAAAUCAUUUUUUGAGAACCACAAGGCGUACCGUAACAAGAGCUCGUACUGUGGAACCCCGUAUUUGGCCAGGAAGCUCAACCUCAUCCUGAUGAUGCAUAUUAAGCAAACCCUGCCAGAUAUCAAGGCCAGAAUUUCAGCGUCGCUGCAAAAAUACACAACGGAACUGCAAGGCCUCGGCGACCAGAUGCUGGGCAACAGCGCAAACAUUGUCCUCAACAUCAUUACGGAAUUCACCAAUGAAUGGAGAACAGUACUUGAGGGGAACAGCACAGAACUAUCAAGCAUCGAGCUUUCCGGGGGUGCUAGAAUCAGCUUCGUCUUUCACGAGCUGUACUCCAAUGGCGUCAAGGCAGUGGACCCAUUCGAUCAGGUCAAGGAUGUUGACAUUAGAACAAUUCUGUACAACUCGUCUGGAUCGUCACCCGCUCUCUUCGUGGGUACUACCGCGUUUGAACUCAUCGUCAAGCAGCAGAUUAAACGCUUAGAAGAGCCAAGUCUGAAGUGUGCAUCCUUGGUCUAUGAUGAACUCGUCCGCAUCCUCACACAAUUACUCGCCAAGCCAAUGUUCCGACGCUACCCUCAACUAAAGGAGAAGUUCCAUGCAGUUGUCAUUAACUUCUUCAAGAAGUCUAUGGAUCCAGCGAAUAAGCUUGUCAGAGAUUUGGUCGCCAUGGAAGCAUGCUAUAUUAAUACAGGCCAUCCAGAUUUCUUGAACGGCCACAAGGCCAUGGCUAUCGUCAACGAGAAACAUUCGUCCGCAAAGCCUGUUCAGGUUGACCCCAAGACCGGCAAGCCGAUGGCAGGAACUCCAGCACGAGCAGCUAGCCCAACAAUUGAUUCUAUGAAUGAUCAGAACGGCGGGUUCUUUGGAAGUUUCUUUGCUUCCAGAAACAAGAAGAAGAUGGCUUCCAUGGAAGCGCCGCCACCAAGUUUGAAAGCUUCUGGUACAUUGUCCGAGAGGGAGGGAGUUGAGGUGGAAGUCAUCAAACUUCUCAUCAACUCAUACUAUGGUAUUGUGAAGAAGACCUUGAUUGAUAUGGUGCCAAAGGCAAUUAUGCUAAACCUCGUCGAAUAUACCAAGGAUGAAAUGCAACGAGAACUCCUUGAGAACAUGUACCGAACCGAUUCGCUCGAGGAGCUGCUCAAGGAAAGCGAUUACACCAUUCGCAGGAGAAAGGAAUGCCACCAAAUGGUAGAGUCGUUGUCACGUGCCAGCGAGAUCGUCAGUCAAGUGCAAUAG